GCGGAUGAAGCGUAUUUCAUUGGCCCUGCUCCAUCUCAGCAGAGCUACCUUGCAAUGGAAAAAAUCAUUCAAGUGGCCAAGAGCUCUGCAGCACAGGCCAUCCAUCCAGGAUACGGGUUUCUUUCAGAAAAUAUGGAAUUUGCUGAACUCUGUAAGCAAGAGGGCAUUAUUUUUAUAGGUCCUCCUUCAUCUGCAAUUAGAGAUAUGGGAAUAAAGAGCACAUCCAAGUCCAUCAUGGCGGCUGCUGGAGUUCCUGUUGUGGAAGGUUACCAUGGCGAGGAUCAAUCUGACCAGUGCCUGAAAGAGCAUGCUGGGAAAAUUGGGUACCCUGUUAUGAUCAAAGCCGUCCGUGGUGGAGGAGGAAAAGGCAUGAGGAUCAUUAGAUCCGAAAAAGAAUUCCAAGAGCAGUUAGAAUCAGCCAGGAGAGAAGCUAAGAAGUCCUUCAAUGACGACGCUAUGCUAAUCGAGAAGUUCGUGGACACACCAAGGCAUGUGGAAGUCAUGUUUGGUGAUCAUCAUGGCAACGCAGUGUAUGUUGAAAGAGACUGCAGUGUGCAGCGGCGCCAUCAGAAGAUCAUUGAGGAGGCCCCAGCGCCUGGUAUUAAUCCUGAAGUAAGAAGAAGUCUGGGAGAGGCUGCGGUCAGGGCUGCUCAAGCUGUCAAGUACGUGGGAGCAGGAACUGUGGAAUUCAUUAUGGACGCAGAGCACAAUUUUUAUUUCAUGGAGAUGAACACAAGGCUGCAAGUGGAGCAUCCUGUCACCGAAAUGAUCACCGGAACUGACUUGGUGGAGUGGCAGUUCAGGAUUGCAGCAGGAGAGAAGAUUCCCUUGAGCCAGGAAGAAAUCCCUCUGCGUGGCCACGCCUUUGAAGCUAGAAUAUAUGCAGAAGACCCUGAUAAUAACUUCAUGCCAGGGGCCGGACCGUUGGUUCACCUCUCUACCCCUCAGGCAGACAUGACUACAAGGAUUGAAACUGGAGUACGGCAAGGAGAUGAAGUCUCGGUGCAUUACGACCCCAUGAUCGCAAAGCUCGUGGUAUGGGCUGUGGAUCGUCCAUCAGCCCUGUCGAAACUGAGGUACAGCCUUCAUCAGUACAACAUUGUCGGCUUGCGCACCAAUGUGGACUUCCUGCUCCGGCUGUCUGGCCACCCAGAGUUCGAAGCUGGGAAUGUGCACACUGACUUCAUCCCUCAACACCACAAGACACUGCUGCCCUCUCACAGCGUCAUAGCCAAAGAGUCUGUGUGCCAGGCAGCUCUGGGGCUCAUCCUCAAAGAGAAAGCUAUGACCAGCGCUUUCAAAGUGCACACCCAAGAUCAAUUCUCUCCGUUUUACUCUCAGCGUGGGAGAAGACUGAAUAUCUCUUACACCAGAAACAUGACUCUGAGAGCUGGUAAAACUGAUACAGUCAUAGCUGUGACGUAUAACCGUGAUGGGUCAUAUGACAUGCAGAUUGGAGAUCAGACCUUCCGAGUCCUUGGUGAUCUUUGCAGUGAGGGAGGCUGCACCUACUUGAAGUCUUCUGUUAACGGAGUAGCCAGUAAAUCCAAGUUCAUCGUCCUGGACAACACCAUCUAUCUGUUUUCCAUGGAAGGCAGCACUGAAAUUGGCAUUCCAGUACCCAAGUACUUGUCUUCUGUGAGCUCAGAAGGAACUCAGGGAGGUGCCAUCGCUCCUAUGACUGGAACCAUUGAAAAGGUGUUGGUGAAAGCUGGAGACAGAGUAAGAGCCGGAGACUCUCUGCUGGUUAUGAUCGCCAUGAAGAUGGAGCACACCAUAAAAGCUCCACAGGACGGCAAGAUAAAAAAGGUGUUCUUCAGAGAAGGGGCCCAGGCCAGCAGACAUGCACCAUUAGUGGAGUUCGAGGAGGAGGAAUCAGACUGACGCACGCCAUAAUGAACUGUGUCCAUCACAGAGAGCCGGCUGCACAGCAUCUCAGAUGCCUGGAUACAGCAAGUGCCUCUUCAGUCUAAAUCCCGGAAAGAGGAGCUUUAUUAAAUAAGAUGAUGGGAUUGGAUGAAAGCCCUUUCGUACUCACAAGUUAUCUCAAAAGAUUUCUUAGAAAUAAAACUGAGCUGUAUUUUUUUUUUUA